AUGCAGUCUGCAGCUGACGCCUCGUCUCUCACCGCUGCCACAACCACAGCCACAGUCAGUCACAGUGUCACAUGCAGCUUUAGUCACAGGUUCAACCACACCAUAAACACAACCAGCCACAUCCACAACUACAACCACAACCACAUCCACAACUACAAACACAGCCACGGUCACGUCCACAUCCACAACCACAUCCACAACCACAGCCAAGGUCACAUCCAAAACCACAUGAACAACUACAUCCACAACCAUAGCCACAGCCACUGCCACAACUACAACUACAACCACGUCCAGCCACAAUCACAGCAACAACCGCAAUCACCGUCACAGCCACGGUCACAUCAACAGCCAUUCCCACAGCCACAGCCACAAUCACAGCCACUGCCACAACUACAUCCACAGCCACGUCCACUGCCACAGCCACAACAACAACCACAGCCACGGUCACAACCACAAACCACGGUCACAACCACAACUACAACAACAGCCACGGACACAACCACAACUACAACCACAGCCACGGUCACAACCACAAACCACGGUCACAACCACAACUACAACAACAGCCACGGUCACAACCACAACUACAACAACAGCCACGGACACAACCACAACUACAACCACAGCCACGGUCACAACCACAAACCACGGUCACAACCACAACUACAACCACAGCCACGGUCACAACCACAACUACAACAACAGCCACGGUCACAACCACAACUACAACCACAGCCACGGUCACAACCACAAACCACGGUCACAACCACAACUACAACAACAGCCACGGUCACAACCACAACUACAACAACAGCCACGGUCACAACCACAACUACAACCACAGCCACGGUCACAACCACAACCUUCGCCCCGAUUAUGUUUCUAGCUACAGCCACGGUCACAACCACUGCCACAACCACAACCACAACCACAGCCAACCACAGUCGUAGCCACAGCUACAACUGCAACCACAGCUACAGCCACAACGACAAGCACAACCACAUACAGCCACGGCCACAACCACAGCCGCAGCCUCAGCUUCACUCACUCCAUCCCCACCACUUGAACCUGGCUACAUAUGCUUGCAUACCCUCAACUAACUGA